CUCCCACGUACACAUGGUCACAUUUCGUUCAAAAGGAAAUAAAUGCAUCAGACUAUUCCUUUAGUUUUCUCUAUUUUUUAGAAUGUCCACUGUCGAAUCCGAUAAGCCUUGGCCCACCAUGAAUGCUAGGGGUUAUCGAAUUCCUGAGCAACUUUUCGGUGAUAUCAAACCUAUCAAAGUCGUUGCUGUUGGCGCAGGUAUAUCUGGUAUCUGUCUUGCUCACGAUGUCCAAGUUCGCGGCAGAGGUAUCGACUUGACGAUUUACGAGAUGGGUUCUGACGUUGGUGGAACUUGGUUUUGGAAUAGAUACCCCGGCUGUCGAUGUGAUAUACCUUCAGUAAACUACCAGAUGUCGUGGUGUCCAAAUCCCAGCUGGGGCGAGUUCUACGGCACAGCAGAAGACAUUCAAUCUUAUUACAAAAGCCUCGUAGACAAGUUCGGCCUGGGAAAGUACAUCAAUUUAAAUCAUGAAGUCAUACACGCUGAAUGGAUCGACGACGCGAAGAAAUGGAGACUUCGUAUCAGGAGUCCAGAUGCGAAAGAAUUCGAAAAUGAAUGCGAUGUCUUCAUCAAUGCUGGUGGCGUUCUAAAUGCCUGGAAGUGGCCCAACAUUGAAGGUCUACACGACUUCAAAGGGGUUAUUUGCCACACCGCACGUUGGCCUAAUGACCUAGACUAUAAGGGCAAGCGUGUUGCUGUCAUUGGAUCUGGAAGCUCUGGCAUACAGGUUUUGGCCACGAUACAACCUGAAGCUAAAAAGAUAUACCAUUGGAUUCGUUCCCCAACAUGGAUUACUUCUGCUUUUGCCCAGCAAUACGCAGGCCCUGGCGGUACGAACUUCAGAUACACUGAAGAGCAAAAGAAACUCUUCGCCGAAGAUCCUCACCAUUCAUUGAAAUAUAGGAAGAUGAUCGAAUCUGACCUUAAUCAACGAUUCAAGUUCAUUGUAAUUGGCACGCCUGAACAGAAAGCUGUACUUGCCUACGCUGAUGCUGAUAUGCGUAGACGCCUUCAAGGUGAUGAACGUUUGAUCAAUGCUAUCGUUCCGAAAAACUUUGUUGUAGGAUGUCGGAGACCUACACCCGGGAAUGGUUACCUUGAAGCCCUCCUUCAACCCAAUGUUCGUGUGGAUACGAAAAUGUUCCAGAAGAUAACCGAGAAAGGUUUCAUCGAUGCCGAUGGAAACGAAGUUGAGGUCGACAUCAUUGUAUGCGCUACAGGUUUCGAUACGAGUUUCAUUCCUCGUUUUCCGCUGAUCGCCAGAGGCCGAAAUGUUCAAGAUCGCUGGGCCCAGUACCCCGUGGAUGUAUAUAUGUCUCUCGCCGUCAAAGAUGUUCCGAACGUAAGCAACGUCCAUGUCGUUCGUCAGUUCGAUGUUCUGAUUACACAGUAUCUGAUGUACUACGGCCCUCACGGCCCUACCGGUCAUGGAUCUGGGGCUCCCAUGAUCGAAGCACUGACCGGCUGCUUCAUGAAGAUUCUCAAGAAGAUGCAAAUGGAGAAUAUCACGACCAUAACGAUAAACAGCAAGGCCGUCGAUGACUUCAACGAGCAUCGCGAGCUAUACCUGAAGCGGACAGCGUGGUACGGUCAAUGCAGCUCUUGGUUUAAGCCCGGACCGGAUGCUUCCCCCAUUAUGUUCCCUGGGAAUCGCGUCCUGUUUAUUGAACUGCUUACUAACCCUCGCUUCGAGGACUGGGACUAUGAAUAUGAUUCUGCAAACAACAGGUUCGGAUAUCUCGGAGGUGGGUUCACUAUGCGUGAACAUGACGGCAGAGAUACCACCUUCUAUUACGGUUUGCUAGAUGGAAAAGACGAGCAACCGGACUAUUCCGAUCUCCGGUCAAUAUACGCACAUUUGGAUGUGUAGACCUUUGUGGCACUUCAUAAAGUAAAUUUUCUGGAACGACAUCGAAUCGUUGCUGCUGUACCACUUUUAGGAGAUAGAAAAUCACCAAUGUUAUUUAAACAUGAGCAACUUGGACGAAAUUUG